UUGACUAAAAAAUUACCCAAGUGAACAAAAAUAUAAUUUUUUUUUCUCUUUUCGUUUUCUGUGUCUUUCUUUCCGUCGCCGGUUGCACAUUCCGGCGAAGUCGUCGCCUGAAAACUCUCAGGCUUAGGAAAUUUUUUUUGUUUCGGAGAGAAAAAAAAUGUUUCUUUUUGAUUGGUUCUAUGGAAUUUUGGCAUCACUGGGUCUGUGGCAAAAGGAAGCGAAAAUCUUGUUCCUAGGGCUUGAUAAUGCUGGCAAGACCACCUUGCUUCACAUGCUCAAAGACGAGAGGUUAGUUCAGCAUCAACCAACUCAAUACCCAACUUCGGAGGAGUUGAGUAUUGGGAAGAUCAAAUUCAAAGCCUUUGAUUUGGGGGGACACCAGAUUGCUCGCAGAGUCUGGAGGGACUAUUAUGCUCAGGUGGAUGCUGUGGUUUAUCUGGUUGAUGCAUAUGAUAAGGAACGGUUUGCAGAAUCAAAGAAGGAACUGGAUGCUCUUCUUGCAGAUGAGUCACUGGCGAAAGUACCUUUCCUUAUAUUGGGAAACAAGAUUGACAUACCUUAUGCUGCAUCGGAGGAGGAGCUGCGUUACCACAUGGGACUGACCAACUUCACCACAGGCAAGGGAAAGGUCAAUCUUGCCGACUCCAACCUCCGCCCUCUGGAGGUGUUCAUGUGCAGUAUUGUCCGCAAGAUGGGGUAUGGCGAAGGCUUUAAGUGGCUUUCUCAGUACAUCAAAUGAUGAAAGAAGAUAUAGACAAAUAAGUAUCCUCAGUGUUGUUGAUUUACCUUCAACUGGAUUGAAUAUCAGCAUUUGGCUGUGUAGUUUCCAGGGUGGUGGUUACCCCUGGAGAAUUCAUACUUAAAUGAGUAGUAUUGCCUUUUUUCUUA